CUUCCACUAAACAAUAGUUUAUUCCUCCGCCAAGCCUGUCAAUCUGCAGAAGUCUCUGCUAAAUUCAGGUUCGAGAGUUUCGUUAGUAGUCGGCCAGCAGUGAUUAAAAGUUCGUCCGGAAGUUCACAAGUUCAGUUUGUUCGAGCCGUUCCGUGUCAAGUGCAGCGGCAAGUUAAUUAAUUCUCUGCCCGACAAUGAAAGUGCUGGUAAUCGUUGCCUUCACCACCCUGUGCGCCGCCGCAGUUAGCGCUGCUCCGGAAGAUGCGGGCGCCGCUAUCGCUGCAGCGACCAUGGCGGAAGACAGCGUCAGCAAAAGGAACGAAAAGCGAGGCGUUGGUCUUGGCUAUGGACUGUCCGGUCUCGGUUACGACAGCAGCCAUCUCGGUUACACCGGUGCCGCUCUCGCCGGCUAUCACCACCCGGCUGGAUAUGUGGCGCCCGUUGCGAGCACCACGGUCAUCAAAGCUGGAUACGCGACGGUUCCCGUUGCCAGUGCCGCAUACCCCGCAUACGACUACGCGAAGUACACAGGCUUCUACCCGGGAUACACUACUGGCUACGGUGGAGUCGGAUAUGCCGGUAUCCCGGUGGCCACCACCGCAACCGGUUACGGAAAGAUUGUCCAACCAGCUACCACGACCUAUAGCAAGGUAAUCCACUCGUACCCGCACUACGGGACGACUGUGGGAGCUGUUUCGCCCGCUUUGGGUUACACCGGAGUGGCCGGCUAUCACGGUGGAUACGUCUACUGAAGGAGAAGGAGGCAACUUGCCGAAUGUACUUGAACUUCCUCAGAUCUGGAUGGUGGUGUUUUGUGUGUAGAUAGGUUUCAUUCUAAUUGUGCUAUAUUAUUUAUUUUGAUGUGUGUAAUCCGAAUAAAGUUUACAAUUUGUGAUAACCUAA